UUGUUCUUCCUUCAUCUUCCCACUUCCCACCCACACCUUCGACGGCAGAGCAGCAUAUCCUCCUACAAUCUCCGAUACUUGGCGGUCACUCUUGGCUCAAUCUGCUUGGUUGGGAGGCGUUGUUUCUUCCCGGCUCCCGCUGUACAAGAGAUGGCCCCAUCGGCGACUGCGGUCCAUCUCGGCCGUCCACUCCCUUGCCGAUUCACCGCCGUCAAAUCGAGGCACUUGAGUACUCCCACGCAGCCUGUGUCCCGCCCCGCUCCCUCUCCGGCGUCCGGCAAGUGGAAGAGAGAUUACACAAGCACGACGAAUGCGCCGCCAACUGGAGCGGGUUCUUCAAUCAGGGGAUGUGUUAGGGAUGCCCUCCCGGUGGUUCGGGCACGCUCUUCUGUUGUACAUUGCCUCGCCUCUUGUCCUAAUGCAAACACAGCAGCAAUGCAAGUAGGAGUCACUCGCAAGCCCAAACUACAAGUGGAGCUCUUCAAAGCUUUGGCUUCACCUCUUAUGGCUGCAAUUGUAGCCUUAUCAUCUCUCUGCAAUCCCCCUGUCUCACUUGGACAGACUGUGGACAUACAACGCGGGGUGGCUCUAUUUCAGCGGGCCUGCAUUGGUUGCCAUGAUGCUGGUGGAAACAUUAUACAGCCUGGUGCAACUCUUUUUAUGAAAGAUCUUCAAAGAAAUGGUGUUGACACGGAGGAGGAGAUCUACAGAAUUACCUACUUCGGCAAAGGAAGAAUGCCUGGGUUUGGCGAGAAUUGCACGCCGAGAGGCCAAUGCACAUUCGGGCCUAGGUUACCAGAAGAAGACAUCAAGAUACUGGCCGAAUUUGUGAAAGUGCAAGCUGACCAAGGGUGGCCCAACAGAGAUAUAAUAAGCCAAGAUUAACAUUUUAAAGUUGCCCUUCGUUCUCCUCCUCUUUGUACCAAGAACGUCAUCUCUUUUUUUAUUUUUAUUUAUUCCCAGCCAAUGGGUUAACUGUUAAGACUCGAAAUAUUAGAUUGAUUAUGUAAAGCAAGCAAGCGAUGCAGGGUGAGGUUGUGUCUGAAUAGAAUGGUGCUGGAAUCCAUUUAAUCAUGAGGGUCACCCCAACUUUACAUCUUUUGCAAUUUGAACUCGAAAGUUCUGCUCA